GCAACGAUAAAAAAAUGUCCAAAGGUAAAUUUUGAGGGAGUAAUUCCUUUUUUUUUCAAGAAUUAAUUAAUCAAAACAGAGAAUUAAAACAACUCAGCGACUUUAACACUUUAUUGCAAAAUAAAAAAAUGCGACUUCAGCUUGAAAACUUCAUAUAAUCGUUGGAUAAAAUAAUAAUUACCCGCAAAAAAAGAACAAGGAAAAAUGUCUCGGAAGAGAAAUCAGAGCGACGAAGAAGAAGACGACACUUUCUUCCACCGCUACUCCUCCGCCGCGGCGCCGCCAUCCGCCGCCGCAUCCAGAUCCUCGCGCGGCGGCGGAAACAGCGGAGGCCUAGCUCCGUCCAAAUCGACGGUCUACGUGAGCAACAUCGACUACAACCUCACGAAUUCCGAUCUCCACACGAUCUUCUCCACCUUCGGCAAGCUCGCCAAGGUCACGGUGCUCAAGGACCGCGCCACUCGCCAGAGCAGGGGCGUGGCGUUCGUCCUCUUCGUCCGGCGCGAGGACGCGGCGCGCGCGGCCAAGGAGAUGGACGGGAAGAUCCUCAACGGCCGAACCCUAGGCGCCUCGAUCGCCGCCGACAACGGCCGCGCCGCGGAGUUCAUUAAGAAGAAGGUGUACAGGGACAAGAGCCGGUGCUACGAGUGCGGCGAGGAGGGGCAUUUGUCGUAUGAGUGCCCCCGGAAUUUCCUCGGGCCGAGGGAGCGGCCGCCGCCGCCGAAGAAGGGGCGGCGAUUGGGCGGGGAGGGGAGGGGGAGGGAUUUGGAAGGGGAGGAGGAGGUGGAGGAGGAGGAAGGGGAGCUGGAGAUGGAGAAUUGGGCGUCGGUGGUGGAUGGAGGAGGGGCGGCGGAGGAGAAUCGGCUGGAGGCGGAGGAGGGGAAGGGAGGAGGGAGGAAGGAGAGGAGAGAGAAGAAGAAGAAGAAGAAGAAGAAGGGUUACUUUAGUGACGAGAGUGAUGAUGAGGAUUGAGAUUUGGGGAAAUUUCUCUGCUGAUUUUGGGAAUUAGGGAUUUAUUGAGAUUUGGGGAUUUUCUCUGCUGAUUUUGGGAAUUAGGGAUUUGGAGGGAUUUUCAGCUCUUCAAGACUUGAUUUUUUUUUUCUUCUUGAAACACAUGAUAUGAAUGUAUGAUGUUUAUUAGAAUUUUCAUAAUUUUCUUAGAACUAAUUCAUAAUUUUCAGGUUGAUUCAA